UUUAUAUAAUUCGGAAGUCACUAUAAAUAGUAGCUACCACCCGUCUCCCAUGUUCAUGCUUGUGUUGUUUAAAUACACUACAUCAUUGAUACACACCUCUGUGGCCUAGACACCACUACUGAAUUGUUAUGAAUUUGUCGGGGAGGUUUUUCGUGAAGUCUAAUUAUAUAAGAGCAGCUAAGGAUGAAUGGGUUCUUUGUGACGUAAGGUUGUUGACGGAUGAUACUGACACAUUCUUGUGCAUCAAGUCAUUACCAUCUUCUAUAUUAUUAAAUGGGACUAACAACUACUCCGAAAGUGAUGACGGAAAGAUCCCUGAGAAGAGUCCAUAUCGUGUGGAAAAUUUUGCCACAAGACCAUUCACUGCUCUCUGUAACCUUAGUGAAUACAAGUCAUGCUCAAUGAGAACGGAGACAGUCAAUUCAAGCGCCUCUUUCGCUUUGAAGCUUGUUCCCUCAGGAGUUUUUGGGAACAAAAAGCUUCUCAUUGCUACUGAGGAUGAAAACGAGAUCACCACAUGGCUGGCCAUUUGUAAAGCAUGUAUCGGUAAAAAGUCUAGGAAUGGCUCAUCGGCUCAAAGAGACUUGGCAUGUAAUAUGGGAACCUUGAGCAAAUCCGGAAGCUUUAUGUCACUCAAACCAAAUUCCCAGGCUUGUGAAAGCGAGUUUGAUGACGCUCUGAUGGACAACGAGGUUUAUGAAGCAUACUCAUCCGAGGAUAAAAUUCCUGCAGUUCUUGAAGAAGCUGGCGAUUGGGUAAAAUUACACUUGUGUCAACCAGACUGUUAUCUGCGUCUAACAACAGAUCGUCUAGAAGUCUUAGAUUAUUACAGUCAUAAACCUGUCCAUUGGUUUCCUUACCUGCUGAUACGUAGAUUUGGUGCAGCGAAUGGUGUUCUACGUGUUGAUGCUGGCCGACGAUGUUCUACUGGGGAUGGGAAAUUCUUUUUUCGAUGUAGUCCACCGAAUGGUCAACCAGUCGAUGCAUUAGUUACACAAAUACGUCAAUUAGCAUUGGAAGCUAAACAACGUACAAAGCGUAGUCAAAUGACUUCUAGCAAUUUAGAGUUGAAUGUCAACAAUAACAAUAAUGCUAACAAUGGAGAUAUAAACAGUGGUAAUCAUAUUAAAGGCACAUCAUUCUCUCAUACAACUGAAAACCACUUAGGUAAUGAUCAUAUGGACAGUAUUCAUGGAACAUUACCACGUGCUAGAUCAAAACGAGCAAAAGUACCUGGAGAAUCUUCAGCCCAUCGAUCAAGUUCGAAUAAUGUGAAUGGUUGUAGUGGUGGUGGUAGCGGCAGCAGUACUGAGUGUAUUCCUCCUAAAGCCACUCCAGAACCAUCGGAUGAUACUGAUCCAAAUGCAUUACCUUCUAAUGCUGAAGUAUUCAAGGCAACACCUUGUAAACCACCUAAAAGCAGUCCAGAACCAGGGAACGCAUCAAAUCUUUAUGAUAAUUUACCUCGUCCACCACGUCGUGGUUCACGUUUACCAGGAGCUGUUAAUGUCCUCCCUUUACCAACACGCAGUCAUAAACAGAAAGAUCCUAGUCUUCAGACAAACUCCUCAACAACUGGUACACUUGAUUCACGGAACUCUUCAGAUACGCUUGAUGAUUUAGUAGAGCUAAACUCUAAACACAUUGGAUCCCCAACUUCUUCAUCAUCAAUAACAGUGACAACAACAUCGCCUGCAGUUACACCGAUUACACCAUCGACAAUAUCGACUUCCGCAUUGACUCCAUUACCGAUCACUUCAUCAUCUGCAUUCAUGUUUUCUAGAUUAAAUUCCUCAACAUCAGCAUCUUCACCUUUGAAAAUUGAAAAAUUGGAGACUCCCAGUAUCCCACCGCAUUCUUCUAUAACCACACUUAAUCAUAUUCCAUCGUAUAAUAAAAACCAUGAAACCAAUACAACUUCAUCUUCAUCUUCAAUUAAUUUUAUAGACAGUUCGGAAACGAAAUCAGGUGAAGCAUCUUCAUGUUCUCCUUCUCCGGCUCCUUUGACAGCGAUAACUACAACAAUACCAGUAACACCGACUACACCGUCAGCGAAUUCUAUGGUUAAAUCAUUGAUACAAUCGUAUACGUCAAUAUCACAGGGCAAUUCAAAUCAAGUCAGUAAUGGAUAUCAUGAAAAUGGUAUGAAGAAUAGAUUGAAGCCGCCUUCUUCACUGUCUGUUCCUACAACAAUAUCAUCAACAUCGUUGUCUUUGCAAUCACCAUCAUCCUUAUCAGCUUCCUUUGCAAUCAAUAAUAAUACUAAUACUACUCUCAGUGAUUAUGAUAAUAGUAAUGAAUCAAGAACAAGCAUUCACAACACCUCGAAUAAAUUGAUAAAUUCUACUGGAAUAAUGCGGGUGCCCUUAUCGACAAAUACACAUUCAGCUGGCGGUUAUUCUGAAAACCAACAGCAACAACAACAGCAAGCUGCAAGUAAAUUUUCUAAUUUCAACAAUUCAAAAAUUAGUUCAGCUUCUUUUUAUCUACGAGGACCUCAUCCAAAUACUACCAUUGUGAAUCCUGCCACUACUUCUUCUUCUUCUUUAUCUUCUUCAGUUACUGGUACAUUGGUGACUUGUUCACCGACAAUGAACACAGUUGUUCAACCAAUCCCACUGCCUAUUAAAGUAGACUCAGUAUUUCGUGCUGAAAAGUCAACUACCCGUCGAUCACAAGACAGUAAUAAUAGUUCAUUAUCGAACAACAACAACACCACCAUCACCAGCGCUAAUAAUAAUAAUAAUAAUAAUUCACUUACAAAUAAUGCUGUCAAUAAAACUCGUGUAACAAAAGAUGAUUCACGUCGAUACCUAAGUGAAUUAGACAGUGUAAUAAAGGAGUUAUGUGAAGCCAAUGAAGCAGCAGUUCAAGCAACACGUGAAGCUGCACAACGUAGACAACGUCUUGGUUGGCCAUCAACGAAUAGUAAUCAUAAUUCACAAAUAAAACUGACAACUUCAACGCCAACAAAUGAAACAAAAAUUAUGCCUAUUCCAAACAGUACUAACGCUUAGUGUUUGAGUGUGUGUAUGCCUGUGUGUUGUGUAAGAGUUUGUCUGUAUGUACGUGUGUACUUGCCUCGUUAACGAAACCAUAUUUAACCCCGCCCCUACUCUCUCUGUCUCUCUCUCUCUCUCGCCUCAAACUUCAUUUAUCCACCUGAUGAAAACUAAUUAAUAGAGUGUAAACAAAUUGGGACAAUUACAUAUUUAUAUUUAUAUAUGAACACACACAUAUAUAUAUGUACUAUGAACGAAUUUAGCUUGUUAUGCAUGAACUUUUAUUCAUCUAAACGAAUAAAUUAUGUAUUUUAUCGAGUUUUUUCUAGGUGUUGGAUACAUAUUUUCCUUAUAUACGUUAUACGGAAAUGAAUUUGUGUUUGUUUGUUUCUCUUUUUGUUGUUUAAACUGCUUAUUUCUCUACACACAGAGAUAGAGGAAAGAGCCUCAGUCCCUGCCGCUCUUGAUAACUUGUCACUCACUUCCCCCUUCUAAUCGAUUAUGUUGUCUCUCUUUUCUUGGUUAUUCUGAAGAAAUUCUUUUGGGACAACAUGGUUAUCAUUCAUUUGGAUUGUCAUUAUGCUUUAUUGAAAUCGUGUUCUUUGUCUGUCACUCACUUUAACUCUUUAAAACAAGCAAUAGUAAUAAUAUUAACAAUAAUAAUUAUGUCAUUAGUAAUGUAUAAGUCUUAUGCAACUGUAAACCAUUCGCUUCUUUGUCUUUGCUUAAUAUUUUAUAUUUGAAUAAUAAUACAUCUAUAUACUAUUAUCUUUCUGUCAUUGAAUUCCCCCCCGCCCCCCGCUUAUUUUUACUAUCAUGUAAUAACACUAUGUGCUACGUUUAAUACUAGUAUGAUUAUUGAUGAGUAAUGUAUAUGAUGAUGAUGAUGAUGACGACGAAAAGAACAGGAAAAAUGAUGAUAAAGUUCGAUUUACCAAAACUGAUCUUCAUUUUAAAUACCUACUUGAUUUCAUUGAGUGAGUAUGUGUGUCAGGCGGGAGGAGGUGGGAGACUGCCAGGAGUUUUCUAUUCUGCUGUCGUUGCUGCUUAAGUAUAUCGUUUGUUAUUUCUGCAUCUGCUAAUUGUUUCCCUUUCUCUCUUUCUUUCUCUCCCUCUCUCUGUGUCUCUCACGUACUUCAUGAAAGCGCACAGAAUUCGAUAGAUUAUUUGUUUUCGAUAAGUUUUAACGCUGUAUUGUGGCUUAUUCUCAUGUAAUCCUUUAUUUUCUGUCACAUUUUUCUCCUUUCGCAUUGUUUUUCCAUUGUUGUUGCCCACUUUAACCAGUUUCUCUCCUUGUCUCUCCCUCUCUCCUUCUUUGAAAUAACUUUUUUAGUUAUUUGAACACUUCUUUCUUUUAAACAGAGCUGACUUGUUCUUCGAUUCAAUAUUUAAUAGCUUAUUAUAUAUAUACAAAGAAGAAAGCUACCUGUUAAAAAUUAUUAUAUUGUUUACUUACAAUUACGAUUAUGAUUGUGAUUGAAAAUACAGUCAUCUAGGUGGUUAUCACUAAUUUACAUUUAUAUAUAAAAUUGAUAACUAGAAUAAUAAUAAUAACGAUAAUAAUAUAUCUGCACUUUUGUUUCAGAUUGUACUUCAAUAAUUGGAAUUUCACCAAUCUUAGAGAAAUAUUUCAUUUAUUGAAUAAAAAUGCUUUUCUCUUU